UCCGGGGCUUCCGGUACUGCUUGUGUUUGUGUACGUAGCUGUUCCGCCGCGCUGUUGUUUGGGUCGUGAGCGAGCGUACGAACGACGGACCUACAACAUGGCCGCGUCGUCCAGCGACGACGUGAGGAAGGAGCUGACCUGCGCCAUUUGCCUGGACUUUUUCAAAGACCCGGUCAUCCUCAAGUGCGGACACAAUUUCUGCCGUGUCUGCAUCUCCAUGCACUGGGACCAAAAUGGCUUCGACUACAGCUACCAGUGCCCGCAGUGUCGAACGGUGUUCACCAAGAGGACUUUCACUAAGAACUACCUGGUACAGAACCUAGUAGCCAAGAUGGACAGCUUGGAUUGCUUGGGUUCGAACCCAAGUCAGAGCCCUGCCAAGGUGAAAGACAAGUGCGAGCUGCACGGCGAGGAGCUCAGGUUGUUCUGCCACGAGGACAACAAGCGCAUCUGCAUGGCGUGUUGUGAGUCACGCGCGCACAGGUAUCACAAGAUUUGUCCAGUCUCAGAAGUUGUGGAUAAUUUGAAGGGCGAGUUGAGAAAGCGUCUGAGGGAUCUCAACAUUUACAAGGCGGACUGCGUCAAAGUCAUGACCACCGACGAACGCACCAAAAACGACAUCAGGAUGAAGAAGCAGCGCCUGAAGGAGAAGGUGGAGGCGGACGUGGGUGCUCUGGUUCAGUUCCUGCUGGACGAGCGUGACACGCUGCUGGACAACCUGGACGCCGAGGAGGCGGCGGCCGUGGCGUCGGUGGACGACAAUCUGGAGAGCAUCGGCGCUCAGGCGGCCGACGCGACUAAGCACAUCGCCGACAUCAACCAGCUCCUCAACGGCGACGCCGGCUUCCAGAGCCUGGUGGACACCUUCAAUGAAGCGUUGCACCAAACGUACGACGAGGCGAAGCCUGCCGACAGUCCUGCCGAGUUCCCCGACUUCCCUGGACCUUUCCAGCUCAUCAUGUGGAAGAAGAUGAUGCACGUUCUGCACACUAUGCCCCAGAACCUGACGCUGGACCCGGACACGGCGCACCCCAACCUCUUGAUCUCGGACUUCGACACCAAGGUGGAGGAGCUGCGCAAUCGCGGGCAGGAGCCCGACCUGACGGUGCGCUUCACGCGCUUUUGCGGCGUGCUGGCCACGGCCCAGUACUCAGGCGGGCAGCACUACUGGGAAGUGGACGUGCGCGACAAGGGCGUGUGGUACCUGGGCGUCACCACCGAGGGCAGCAACCGCAAGGGCUUCGUCAGCCUCACGCCCUCGGCCGGCUACUGGAGCCUGUGCCUGCAGGACCGGCUCUACGCCAACGGGGAGGACGGCCGUGUCCCCGUGGCCGAUUACUGGAACUCGCCGCGCGUAGGCGUCUACCUGGACUACGACCGCGGGCGCCUCAGUUUCUACGACGCCGUCACCAUGAAGCGCCUCUACAUGUUCGACACCUGCUUCGGGGAGCCCGUCUACCCCUUCUUCAGCCCCGGCAAGAACGACCCGGGCAGCCGCCUCUGCAUCUGCCACUACUACUGAUCUCAAAGGGCAAAGACCACUUUGAUGUGGACCCGACUUAACGGGUCGCACGCUUUAAUGUGAAAAUCUUUGAAUACUUAACAUUUUCCAUUUCAUUGUGACUUUUUAAACAAACUCAUUUUCACAUUUGAUUUGUUUUCACAAAGUAUUACCAGUAAGCCAGUAUCUUUUUUUGUCAAUUUAUGAUGUGCUAUUUUUCCCUUAGUAUUUUUUUUUUUUUAAACAUUCGAUUUUUCCCACAUUGAGUGCUCACACAGUCAUUUUUGUUACUUUUAAAGGUCCAAAAGUGUGUGUGUGUGUUAGUAUGUGUGUGUGUAUAAAUGCUAUUUUACUUAAAUUGGAGUGUGCUUUUUUUCCAGUUGCCUCCGUGCAACAUAUACUGUGAUGAUCUCUGUUGUAAGUUAAUGUAACGGACUCAACAGGAUUAAAGAAAUGAAAGAAAAA